GUAUAACUAAACAUGACUUUCGUAAGCAAACUGCUAUUCUACAAGGGAACUAAUAACAGUGGAUGCAGUCAUCUCGUUUGUAAUAUUUAAUAACCAUAAGACGUGUUCUGUACAGUAACUGACUUAAACGCACGCCUCUUAAGACUAGGAAAUAUUAAAUGGGACUUGAUUACGUUUAAAGUGACUGAAACAGUGCUUUAAUAAUUCUAUUUGAACGGAGUUUAAACCUUUUAAAUGGUGAGACCUUGAAUGCAGGCAAGCCUGAUAUUAUGAAAAUGCGUGGACUUUGUUAUAACAUUCUAAAUCAUAUUUGGCAGUGGGGAAAUGUCACUAUCGACAUUUAGUGAUACCUUUAUGGUUCUCACACAAUCGGAGCUCCUGUCCACUAUGAUCAGAAAGAUGGUCCGCUACGUGAAGAUACUCACGGUGGUGGCGCUUCCGGUCAUCUUGGUGUUCACAAUCGUCAAUGUCCUGCUCCUCUCGCGUUUAGGCCAUCAUUCUCACGAGACCACGUUAAUCUUGAAGGAGAAAAUCUACAAUAAGGGGAGCGAUGGAUCAAGUUCCAAGGACGCCGCCGCCGCAAUACAGCGAGGACUACAUGCGGGCGCUGGACCGGAAUUCGCGGCUGGUCACGCGAAAGUUGAGGAGGAGAGGGCCAGGGAGCGUUCCGCUGACGGAGAAACUUCCAAGCGUCGUAAGGAGGCUGAUGACGCGCCCGGCGCGAACAUUGUACGAGACGAUCGCGUAGAAAUGAAAGACCAAAGUAUCGACGCGAUGAUACAGAAGUUGAAGUCAAGUAGCUCGGUGCUGUAUUUUUUUCCGAGCUUCUUCUGGAAUUUAACGAUGGCUGAAAUGACGCGAAAGCUCGGCGCCGUUUCCCGGAGGUCAGCAUCGACUUUGGAAGGAUACGACAGUAUUAAACAGAAGCCGGACGACCCUCCGCUGCCGCAUUGGAAGUUGGUGCAUAGAAACAUCCGGCGGUUCUCGCUCUAUGAUCCCGAUGAUCCUAAUUUGGAAGCCCUCAUGUCAGACCUCCGGAAUCUGCCUAUAACGGAAACAGAGGAGAACGAAGGUGGCACGCAGUUCAAACUAAAUGUCCGUUUCAGCGACGGGGGAAGGGCGGUUAUUAAAUUUAUGAGGUACCCGCGAGAGGUUGAGGCGAGCGAGAAUCACUACAUAUUCGACGAUAUCGAACGUCACGUGGCGGAAAUUGCUGCUUUCCAGCUUGACAAGGUCCUAGGAUUCUACAGGGUCCCUCCCACAACUGGUCGUAAAUUCAACAUCACGUCGGAGCUAAAACCCAUCGCGCCGGAUUCCAUGUAUAAGACACUGUUCUACUCGCCAGCGGGCAACCUGUGUUUCUUCGGCAAGUGCGAUUACUACUGCAACAGUGCGCAUGCGUUCUGCGGUCACCCUGACGUCAUCGAGGGUUCCGUGAUGAGUUACCUCCCUUCGCGCAAUAUAGCAACCCGGAAAUCAUGGUAUCAACCUUGGAGACGGUCAUAUAGCAAGUUCCGCAAGGCAUACUGGGAAACGAACGAUGACCUUUGCGACAAGGUGCGCCAAGAUGACCCGUACAACAACGGCAAGAUACUCCUAGAUAUGAUUGACUCCCAUACCUUCGACUUUCUGUCCGGAAACAAGGACCGGCACAGCUUCGCGACGUUCAAAGAAUGGGGAAAUUAUACCUUCCCCAUUAUGUACGAUAAUGGCCGCGGAUUCGGUCGACAAACGUAUGACGCCAUGUCAAUCUUGGCUCCUCUAACACAGUGCUGUAUUAUCCGAAAGUCGACCCUGCUGAAAUACCUAAAACUGUACAUGGGCCCGGAACGUCUUAGCAGCUUAAUGGAAGACGCCCUGAAACCGGAUCCGGUUGCUCCCGUCUUAAUACGGCCGCAUUUAAAUGCAUUGGACAGACGACUGAUCAAAAUACUGCAAGCAGUUGCGAAGUGUAUAGAAGAGAAAGGAGUAAGCGAGGUUGUCCAAUCCGACAAGUUUUAACAAACAUUUAAUGUGAAAGGAGUAAGCGGAUAGUCAAAUCCGACUAGUUUUAACAGAUAUCAAAUAUGAGCGGAUUAUGCGAGGUUUUAAAAUCCGACGCUUUAAAAUAAACAAUUAAUGUGCUCAUUUCUUUGGUUAAUAAUGGCUCCAUUGUUUUGUGAUUCCGAAAGGCAUUUAUUUUGAUUUUCGACGAUUUGAACAACAUUGCAUUUAUUUAAUAUGCACAUAAAUGCAUAUUAGUAUGUGCGUACGUUACCGUUGAUGAUAAGCUGGUUGGUUCGCACUGAAUCGAAGCAAUCAUAUAUAAUGUAACAUAUAUAUAUAUUUAUGUUAUUGCUUGAAACUAUGCAUUUAUAAUUCAUCUUCAAGCCGUCAUAAUGACGUACAUAGUUUACUGUCGCCUGAUCCAUAGAACCAAUCCCUUUGGUGGUUAAAUGGUGUCUCAAUCAUUAAUUAUCUAACUCAGCCUUUUCAAUACAUGUUCUUUCUGUGUAGCUUCCAAUUCUCAUCGGAUAAACUGAACAUUCAAAAUAAAGAGUUUGUUUAUGAGAUACUGGAAAUAUGAACAGAUUGGUGUACUCUGCCAUUACUGAUUGUUUGUUUGGAUUGUUUUUGAUUGCAAUAGAGUUAUGUUGUUUCGUACAGAAAAACAAGCUAGGACAUGUGGGUUGCUUAUUAUUGUCGAUAACCAUGCCACAACCCAUCAAAUAAUUACCUGUAUCGUAUACAAUCUGCAAAACUGUCUUUUUUCAUAUGACUUGCGAGUCUUACCUUAAACUUUUCUUUUCAAAACGUACUAAUAUAAAGCUCGGGCACAGAGCACACACAAAAAUGUAAUUGUAAACGUGGUAUUAUUAUUAUUAGACACAAGUGUCCACAUUUCUGGUGCUGGUUAAUAUGGGUGUCAAUUUAAAAGGAUAGCAGUCAUUAUAAAAAAACGAAUUAGCACUUACGCAUACUCUCAUAUGAACUUAUAGAACUCGUUAAAAAUGCCGUGUCCUGUUUAGCGCACAAAACGUUGACGUCAUGUUAUUAGUCCUAUUUAAAGUAAACGCAAACAGUUUCACAUGUCUCUGUAAUUAGCUUUAUAUAUGGACAUCAUAUUAAACAUGGCCACGGUUAAAAAGAAAAAACCUUGACAUGUUGGUGCUCCCUACAUUCAACAACAAUACACGUGAAUCAUUAUUUUCGGUUGACGCCAUAGUUUACGACAAAAAGUGUUUCCGAUCGAAUUCUUAAAUGUUCCACAAAAUGCUGCCAUUCUGUGUUGGUCCCGCUCAUAAACUUCAUAUUUCGAUAAACAAUUCAAUAAUUGAUAUAUUCAUUUUAAGACCCUAGCCUAUUUCACGUUCUCCGUAAAAGCAAGGUUUAGAUUGGCCCGACUGAAAGGUUCUCAUCAGGUAGCAAUGUUCUGACUGUCCGAUUAAAAGGUUGUCAGAAUGUAGCGAGGUUCUGAUUGGGCGGUUUAGAGGUUGUCAGAAGGUAGCCAUGUUCUGAUUGGGUGGCUUAAAGGUUUUCAUCAGGUUUCAAUGUUCUGACUGUCCGAUUAAAAGGUUGUGAGAAGGUAGCCAUGUUCUGAUUGGGCGGUUUAGAGGUUGUCAGAAGGUAGCCAAGUUAUGAUUGGGCGUCUUAAAGGUUCUCAUUUGGUGUAAAUGUUUUGACUGUCCGAUUAAAAGGUUAUUAGAAGGUAGCCAUGUUCUGUUUGUGCGGCUAAGAGGUUGUCAGAAAUUACCAAAGUUCCUUUUGGCGACUUACAGUUGUCAAAAAGGUGAUAUUAUACUGGUCUUCCUUAAUUACCAUUGCGUUCAGCGUGUGUUUCGAUGUUAUUUUCAUCACAUAAACUAAGAGUUAAUGUUGCUGGCGUAUUGUUUGGUAAAGUAAAUUGUUUUAUUGGAUCGAUUCCAUGAUGAUUUGAUGUUUAUACUAUGAAUAAAUCUUGACGAAUGGUAUGUUAAAUAAUUACGAAUGUUUAUCUUUGAAUGAAUUAAAUAUUAUUCAAUA